AUGCAUGACCAAAAACCAUUACCACCAUUAAAUGAAAAUGAUAAAAAAGCAAUGGAACAAUUUGGUUUACCAGGUAAUGAUAUAAUGGUACCAUUUAUAUCAUUAACAAAUAAUGGAAAUAAUAAUAACAAUAAUAAUAAUAAUAAUAACAAUAAUAAUAUGAUGGGACCAAGACAAUAUAGUUUUUUAACCAAAUUGUGGGUUCGUAUUAUUCCAUAUGUACCAGUAUCAUGGUUAUUAAGACCAAAUGAAUCUUAUAGAAUCCUUUCAACCAUUGACCCAUUAGAACCAACUUUAAUAUCAACCUCUUCAAAUUUUAAAGAUAUUCAACAUCAUUGGAACCUUAUCGAUAAAGAACUCUAUAAUAGUUUAAAGGUCUUACCAACAACCUUUGAGAAAAAUCAUCGUUUAGAUUCUUUCUUAAAUAUUAAACUUCAUUCUUUUCCAACUCGUCCUGUAAAUAAAUAA